UUCCAGCAGGGAUCGCCAUACAGCGAAUGAACCCCUCAACUUGCUGUAGCUCCGUCAAUGCGCCCCUCUCCACGCAUUGUUUCGAAUCAGCUGUGCAUGGAUCUAUCGUAACCCCACCCAAUGAGGAAGGGCAAACGUAGCCAAUUUUAUACAGACAGUAAGAAAAUAUUGCCAGGGGCGUUUAGCAUUUGUUAACGACAACAUACGUAACAUAGUCUCACACGAUUUUGAUUGUGCAAGAUUGGAACGGAAAGUCUACAUCUUCACAUUCCUCUCUCCUAUUCGGCGAGGCGGUGAAGAGUCAGCUGAUAUUUUGCUACGAGUCCACCUAGGCGCUAUCUCAAGAUGAUUGCCUUGUUUAACAAGCUUUUGGACUGGUUUAAAGCGCUGUUUUGGAAGGAGGAGAUGGAAUUAACACUGGUCGGUUUGCAGUAUUCGGGGAAGACCACCUUCGUCAACGUUAUAGCGUCGGGACAGUUCAGCGAGGACAUGAUUCCCACAGUGGGCUUCAACAUGAGGAAGAUCACCAAGGGCAACGUCACUAUUAAGCUGUGGGAUAUCGGAGGCCAGCCUCGAUUCCGUAGCAUGUGGGAGAGGUACUGUCGAGGAGUCAGUGCAAUAGUCUACAUGGUGGACGCAGCAGAUCAGGAGAAGAUCGAAGCCUCCAAGAAUGAGCUGCACAACCUCCUAGACAAGCCCCAGCUCGAGGGCAUCCCCGUGCUGGUGUUGGGGAACAAGAGAGACAUUCCAGGUGCCUUGGAUGAGAAGGAGCUCAUCGAGAGGAUGAAUUUGUCAGCCAUUCAGGACAGAGAGAUCUGCUGUUACUCUAUCUCCUGCAAGGAAAAAGACAACAUUGAUAUCACACUACAGUGGCUGAUCCAGCAUUCUAGAACCAGGAGGACAUGAGGCCUGAAUCCCCCUCCUGCUCCUCUCCCUCUAUCCCUUCCUCCUCCUCCUCCCCCUCCUCCUCCUCUCCCUCCCUUCCUCCCACGGCCACCACCCCAAGACAAACGGUGUCCUCCUAUCCUCUCCUCACAUCCUCCCAUCCUUUACCUCCUCUGACCCCUCCCUGUCCUCUCUUUCUCUCCUUCCUGCAUUUCCUCCUCCUCCCUCUGAACACUCCUCUCCUCUACUUCCUCCCUGGUCCCCCAGCUCCUAUGCCAGUUUGUAUUUACCUCCGUGGUUUUGGAUGGGUGGAAGAAGUCAUAUACAGUUUUGCUGACAGCCAUGAAGUUUUUCCAUAUCUGUUCAAACAGAAUGAGGAGGAGCCAGUGGACAGGCCCCUCCCUUCUUAUCCUCCGCCACAAGCAAUGGAUUCCAUUCUUGUAAAGAUUGUGAGAUAUUAUGAUUUGCACUGUUUGAAUUGUUUUUGUUUUAUAUCUACGCUUUUUUUUACGCCAUGUACUUAAAGACUGGAUAAAGCUGGCUUCUGACAGCGAUCCAGACUCCUCUUCAUUCUCCUGGGUCCUGCUUUAAUACGGCAGGCACUGGUACUGAUACAAGCAGCAUCAGCUUAACUGCUGGUGGGGGCCUAAUGUGUGUUCAAACGCUGACAUUUUCAAACUGCUGUGUUGACUUAGAACACCAAUAUUUGUCACUUUAUUUAAAUGAGAGCAAUGUAAUAAAAGUUGACACAUUGUAAAACUAGA